CAUGGGAGUGGGCAUCUGUAGGCUACGAGAUCUGAGUAGUCAAUACCCGAAAACAACAUGGAUGAAUGGCUACCUUGCUGGGAAGGGUGAUGUAGCUACAAGAAUGCCACCUCUGUAUAUAUCUCGUUUUAUUUUACUGUUUCUUUUCUUCGGCAACGUAUGGAAAACUAUAGCUAAAUCAAUUCCGGAUCAGCGAACACUUGAUGUACUGAUCAGAGUUCAGGUUUUUGACAACAGUGACCUUUCCCCCUUGGCUGAUGCUGCAGUGGAGGUUUAUGGGAACCAGUCCGUCUUGGCCUCCAGCAAGGCAGGCAGUGAUGGGGUCCUCACUGUCUCCUUCCAGUACCAUCCAGGGACAUGGGUCAUCAUCACUGCGUCCAAGCAGGGCUACGUUACCAACUCUGCUCCCUGGCACGCCAUCCGCAAACCCUUGUACGCUUCAGUCAGCCUCUACCUCCUCCCCCAGAGACCGGCUACUCUCAUCCUGUACGACGACGUGGUCCAGGUGCUGCUAGGAUCUCCAGGUGCAAGGAACCAACCAUGGCUGCAGUUCCAGAGGAAGGCCGUCCAACUGCCACUCAACUCCACCUACACCGAGCUUUCAGCCGUGCUGACCGCCGCCAAAAGCCAAUACGAGAUCGGGGGCUUCCCCUACCUGCUGGGCCAGGAGAGCAAUAGCACUGGGGGUAAUGGCACCUGGUUAGACCUGACAGCGGUGGCGGCGGUCAGUGCUCACCUCUUUGCCCGCAAUGGGAAAAUCGUCCACGUGUCGGACCCUGUGCACCUCUCCAUCCCCCUGCCCUCUGACACCCCUGUGAAGACUGCCACUAGUGUACCUGUGUGGAGGUUCGAGGCCAAGACAGGUCUGUGGGUGAGGAAUGGAACAGGGUACAUCAAAAAGGAGGGAUCACAGCUGAUCUGGAGUUUUGUGGCCCCACAGCUGGGAUAUUGGGUUGCAGCCAUGCCCUCCACUACAGGGAUGGGUCUGAACCCCACAGGCUUGCGGGACAUCACCACAUACCACACAAUCUUCCUGCUCACCAUCCUGGGCUCCAUGGCCCUGCUAGUGCUCAUCCUGCUGUGUCUGCUGCUCUACUACUGCAGACGAAGGUGUCUAAAGCCACGCCAGCAGCACCGCAAGAUGCACGCCUCCUCCCCAUUGGACGGCUCCAAGCGGGAUCAGGGCACCUCCACCUCUCGCCUCAACCUCAUCAGUGGUGGCCACAUGGAGACAGCCUCCUCCAAUGGCGACAUGGAUGGCAUCAAGUCCGACCUCUCCUCUUCGCACGACUUCCAGAGCUCACGGGAGGAGUUCUUCAGGCACGUCCCCGCCCACAAACUACGCCACUCAAAGGGGGAUGCUGCAACGCGGCGUGGCGAGAGCUUCCCCAUGAAGGUGACCCGCUCCACUGACACCAACAGCCUGGAUCCACCGUUGCUGCAGGAUGACUACUCCAGGAGCUACAGCUCCAUGGAGGAAAAGGGCAGCACUAGCCGGCGCCACAAUGCUAACGACAACCAAGGCUACUCUUCUGACCCCCCGUCGCCUCCUGGCCUGCCGCCACCUUUCGCCGACCACUACCAGGGCCCUAAGCCGGACAGCAAGCCACCUGAAUACUCCAUGACCCAGCCGGGGGACCACCUGGCUCGGCCCACCUCCCUGAACACCCAACCUGGUCAGCUGAUCUUCUGCGGAUCCAUUGACCAGAUGAAGGAGAACAUGUACAGGAGUAUGGUGCCCACCCUGGUCAUCCCAGCCCACUACAUGCGCUUGUCCUCUGACUUUUCUGGCAUGGAGCAGACGGCAGAGCAGAAGCAGCAACAGGACAUGGAAGCCCCCCAGCAACAGCAGCAGGUCCAGCAGCAACAGCAACUGCAGCAGCAGCAGCCCAGCCCGCCCGGAGAGGACCCCGAGGGCCGUGGGUGGGGCCCCAACCCCUCAUCAGGCCCCGUCCGCAUCCCUGUCCUCUUCAACGACUCCACUAUGGCCCAGAUGAACGGGGAGCUGCAGGCGCUCACAGAGAAGAAACUGCUGGAGCUUGGGGUGAAGCCGCACCCCCGGGCCUGGUUCAUCUCGCUAGACGGGCGCUCCAACUCUCACGUGAGGCACUCCUACAUCGACCUGGGCAACGAGCGCAACGGCCGAGGCAGCAGCGACCCCAUCCUGGAGUCUGGGGCAGACGUCCAGGAGGGCAAGCCGGCGCCUGCGCUGCACCGCAAGGUAAAGGGCAAGGGCAAAGAGGAGCGCGGGGGUGGGGGCAGUGAGCGCAAGGAUCACGGUGGGAAGGCCUACUCCAAGCUGGCCUACCUGGAUGACACGGAGCCCAGCAGCAGCGAGAGCCGCACAGCCAUGUGCUCACCUGAGGACAACUCCCUCACCCCGCUGCUGGAUGAGGCCCCUGAGCCGCGCGGGGCGACCAUUCCGCGUCGGGGCCGCAGCCGGGUCAACAGCUCGCGCAGCAGCAACAGCGAGACCCACCGCGACUCCAUGACCAGCCCGGAGGACGAGAAUGACCCAGAUGACAAGGACGACAAGGGGGAGAACAAGAAGAGCCCCUGGCAGAGGCAUGAGGAGAGGCCUCUUAUGGUCUUUAACGUCAGGAAGUAGGUACGGAGGAGCCCCGUCCAAGGAACCUCAAACUGCUCCUGGAUGGGGGGGGGGGGUAUGAUUCACCCUCCCUCAUCCAUUUCAGUCUCCUUCAGUGGCACGCUCGUAGGUCCUUACCAAAAAACGAAAGAAAAAGAGCAACGGAACAGCAAAUCCCUGAUUGUAACGCAUCCUGGCAAAAGCACAACAAUGUCAUAAACCACCUGAUAUCCAAGAUUUGUUAAACUGGUCUGAAAAACCAGUCAGCCUCUUUGUUUUGAAGUGAUCGUGUCGACUGCCCCUCUUAAUUCCUUAGCCCCCGGCCAUCUUUUGAGGAGCAUGGAUCGUUGUUUCGGUAGGGAGUAUCCUCGCAUGUGGUCAGUGUUGAAACGUUGAGUUCUUCCCAUGUAGGAUUAGGCACAGAGAGGACAAUGGUGGUAAGAGAUGGAAAGGUGAAUUGUGGAAGUUUUUUUUAGUAUUGUUCCCAUAUAUUGUAAAUUGAACUCAUUUCUUUAUCAAGUCAUUUUUGUCUUACAAGAUAGCUGUUAACAGAAACAGUGAUGAUGAGCCAUUUUAUACUGACUGUGGGCCAGCUGGCCGAAUAGAAAGCUUUGUUCCUAUGGAAAUCAGACUAAACUGUCCCUACUCCAGAUGAACAGAAGACAGCACUGGCGAUGUAGACAUCGAAUGGCCUCUUUUUGUUUUAGGGUUUAGUUCAUUUUAGUUUGUCUCAUUCAAACUCCAGACAGUUGAGAAUGGAACAACUAAUGCUUUCUGGGAAUUUAUGAUGAUAAGCAAGGCCUUCUUUAGAAUGUGUGUCUGUGGCCAAGAGGACAACUGAAUGACUUUGUGGCAUAGUGCAACCGGUUUAUUGUUUUUUAUUCACUAUGGUAAGUGAAUUGAUGUGUUUGAAUCAGAGGAAACUUCAGUACAGUAUCCUAUUAUAUCUUAACUUGUGUUCUCAUGAUCAUUGUUUGGAAUCACCUCUGCAGCUGACCAACACAGCUUUCAAAACUCCAGGAGAUGUUGCCACGGGGACAGUUGUGAACGGUUGUCAGUUUUGUUCCAUUUUGUUUUUGGUCAUAUGGCUGUUUAACCUGUGGAUUUGGAUGAAUUGACUUUCCAUCAUUUAAUGUUAGCCUUUGUUGACAUGCACACAAGAGGACAUGAAUGUUUUCUGUCAACCGUUUUGAUAGGUAAGGUUCAACAACUGGAGCUUUUCUACUAAGUUUGCAUUACCUUUUCAGGGACUGUCAGUAUCAGGUUAACCCAAUGAUGAGCAUGUCUUCUUGAAAUAUAUUCAUGAAAUUGGGGUCAGAUCAAGAGUCACUAAAGCAUCAUAAUGUAUCACUGAUUCUAUUAAGGAGCUAGAUUAGGAAAAGGCUCUCAGAAAAGGCUAUAACUUAAAGUCUAAAGUUGCCCACCUGGUUAUAAAGAUAACUAAGUUAACAUUUUGUAUGUAUCUGACAAUAAAUCAAAGCACAAGAUAUCCUGUACUGAAUCUGGAAAUGGGUGGUUGACUGAUGGGCUCUCUGUUUGGUUUAGUUUUAAACGGUGACAUUUGUGAUAGAAAAGGGAUCUGUUGAACAAAUAGGAACCUUGCAGAUGAUUCCCUGCUAUGGAAUUUUGAUCCCAUUGGUCCUGUGUAACUAAGCUGUACUGUUGCAGACUUGGGAGCAGUUCCUCUGGGUUUACUAGGGAAAAAAAUCCUUGAAGGACUUUGCAGGACCAUUGUUUUCCUGGCUGCAGGAAAAAAUGAAAUAUAAGAGCUCUUGAAAACAGAUCUGUUUACACAGCAUUCCCACCAAAUUCACCUUUGAGACAUACAGUACCUAAGCACUUCUUUGUCUUGUAUGUUCUAUAUUGUAAAGGUAAUUGCUCAAAAGCCCCUCAAAAAUGUGUCUGCUACACACAAACCUUUUCUUUUUCCCUGAAACAUCAACAACCCAAGUACUGCAACAGAUGAAAAAUAGUGUGACAUCACUUUGGGUCAUGCGGGUAUGCCGCAGUCUGUUCAAGACCUCAAUAAAGUCAAAAUGAUAGAACAUUCUAUUCAGUAGCUAUGAAUGUGCAGCAGUUAUCCACCGCCUCUGUCUCAAUAUCUGAAAUCCAUGCUCCUGUCAUCGAUUUAGGUAGCCUUCUUGUCCUUCAGCGC